GGAUAUGUUGUGCACAUCUCAGCUGACAGACAUUUAAAAAGGAGACAGUCAGGCGCUGCUGCAAUUUGUAUUAAAACCUCAGUCUCUUUCUAUGGAAUCCUUAGCGACUCCAGACUACCAACAGCGCGAGCCCCCUCUGCAAUACUACAGUCUCCACCAUUAGCUGCCUCUUGCCUCGGGACACUUCAUAGAGAACACCCACCACAGAUCAUUUCAUUUGCAGCUACUUUGAGCUUUUGACAGGAUGGCCAGAUCGGCGUAUAUCCUCUGUGGCAUGGUUUUCAUCCUGGGGCUACUCUCAUAUACAGUGGCUUCCAAAAGGAACAGGGGCUCCCAAGGCGCCAUCCCUCAUCCUGACAAAAACAACCCAAACGAAUCGGAGCAGCAACCACAGGCACCGCAGGCGGGCUCUGGUUCCCGACGACGGGAAAAGAGUUCUGCUGCACCCGCUGAGGAGGUGCUGGAGUCCAGCCAAGAAGCGUUGCAUGUCACUGAGCGCCGCUAUCUGAAACGCGACUGGUGCAAGACACAGCCACUUAAACAGACCAUCCACGAGGAGGGCUGCAUCAGCCGCACUAUCAUUAACAGGUUCUGCUAUGGACAGUGUAAUUCUUUUUACAUCCCCAGACAUGUCCGCAGGGAAGAGGGAGCCUUCCAGUCUUGUUCGUUCUGCAAGCCGAAACGAUUUACUACCAUGACUUUCACUUUGAACUGUCCGGACCAGCAGCCGUCCACCAAGAAGAAGCGCAUCCAGCGCGUAAAGCAGUGCCGCUGCAUCUCCAUAGACUUGGACUAGCCCUGUGAUUGACUGGGAUGCGGCCAAUUAGUCUCCUCAUCAAACAAUUAUUGGAUUGUUCACAUGAAGGAUAAUCACCGUAUGUCUGGGAGCAUUUUUCCCUAUUCCAAAUAUGAGAACAUUUUCAAUCUGCAAGGAACGUAAGAUCAGACAGACAUGUGCAGCAUGUUAUAGGCUUCUGUAGAUAUACUUGGGCAUAUUCUUUUGUAAACAAGGACUGCUGUACCAUGUCAUUUUCUGCGCAUAAUUGCCUAUUAAUCUAAUUGCAAUAGCAGCCUGUGGCAAGCAACGUUGCAUGGUAUAAUGACAUGGAAUGAACACAACAAUCUGCUGAUUGACUUGUAAACAAGCGCACGGCUUUUCCAACCUCAAAUAGGACUGCAAACCUUGUCACACAAUGUUUUUACACUAUUUUGGACAGAGACAGCAAUAGGCUAUGAAAACCAAUUUCAAUGGGGGGAAUAGGACAGAAAAUGCGUUUAUAUAAUUAAUGGUUGACGAAUAGAUAGUUUCCACUAUGUGGAAUUUGAAAAAAAGUAACGACUAUUUAAUGUGGCAAGAAUGCUCCACUGAUUUAUUUGACUCCAAUGUUCAGUGUUAUAGUGGAGAACGGAGAGCUUUUGUAAAGUAGGCUUGGACUAAGAUGUUCGAUGCUAUAAAAAAUAAAAAAACGAAAUAUCUGUAUUAGUUGGACAUGGAAAUGAAAAUGUUCGAUGUAGGCCUACAUACUUGUUUAUAAUGCUGUAGAUGGAAGCUUUUCUUUUAGUUGUAAAAUGUUAUUCAAACACGAAUUGUAUAUGCAACCAGUUUGAUAGUUCUAUCAGAGCAACUGAUCCACAAAAUAAACAGAUAUUGACAUUGAUGCAGUGGUCACUGAACCUGUUCGCUUUUUGCUUACAUUGUUCAUGUCUGAACAUUUCAGCGUCACCACCGAUGUGAAAUGGAUCGUUAAUUAACCCACACCCAAACUGCAAAGACUCCGAUUUCAUGCAUAGCAUUUUUAUGUAUCAGGUUUAACCCUAAACACCAAAUAAAAACAUAUUCUCUA